GCGAAACAACAGAGUCCCAAUCGCUCCACAGAAUUAAAUGCACACCAAAUUUUAUUUUCAUUUUUCAUGAUCCCCCCUCUUCCGCAAGUUUCCUUUUAAGCUUCCUUUCCUCCUCCUACACUCUGAUCCUCUAUUCUUAAUAGUUUUUGUAUUUUUGUUAAGAUUCGAAAAAAUAUCAAAUUUAAAUGAGAAGUUUACAAAAUAUACCACUGUCAAUAGCUGAUAUACAGUUGUCUUCACCUUUGCCUUCCCCGAGUCGACAGUCUGUUCAUAUGAAUAGUUCUCAUCAAGACAGCACUUCUGAUUCCAACACUCAGCGACAUCCCUUGCAACAUACCCAAUUUAACUUUGCAAAUACUGAAACAAACCCUACAACACCCAUUUCACUCCUCGCACCUACUUCAUCAGCUUUGAAUCAAAUCACACUUCCGUCAUUAAACUUUGAAUCCCCAUAUUUUCUUGACCCGCAAGUAUACCCUUUGAAAAAUUCAACCACUCCUGGCUUACUGAAAAAGUUUGUUUUCAAAGUCGAUGGGAUUCCUGCGUAUUUCGAGGAAAUUCAGGCUUCAUCAACUAGGAAAAGACCAGCUUCAAUCUGGGAUGAUGAAAGAAGUUUUAAACGAACAGAAUUCGAUAUCGUCAAUCGCAGUUCCAUAGUACAGCCAACAGGCAUGAAUACUGCAACUUUACAUAUACCAGCUAUUUCUAUUGAAGCAAAUUCAACAAAUGCUUAUUCACCUGGUCCCAAUACGUAUCCAAUAACCGAAACCAUGCUUGAUAUUAUACCUGAUAGUCCGAAUUCAGCUUUGCCUUCACCUGUAUCAGACGUUGAUCAUAACGACCCAUGGUCAUCCACGCCGUUACAGGAAAUUCCUAGUGAAACAACAGUGGCUGCUGCUACUAUAUCAUCGUCAAACAUGAAGGAAGAUGUACAAAAUAAUAAAAAUAACGAUGACACGAUCGAUAUAGAGUCUAUGGAUGUAACAGCACCAGAACCCACCACAAAACUCCCAGAUACCGUACACGAUGUUUUUAAGAAAAGGAAUAACUCAUCGACUACAACUCCAACAUCAUUACAACACCCUAGUGACGCUAUACCUUUCCCUUUAGUUCACUAUUUAGAACAACAGCAUCAAAUUUAUGAACCGUCUUCUCUUAUUGCUUUAUUUGAUAAGCUUCCGGAACAGAUUCAGUCCUAUCUUAUGUUUCAAUUAUUAAGGAGGUCGCCACAUAAUACUCUUCGGAAAGCAAACGACAUAAUUGAGGAAACACUGAAAAGAGAUUACAUUAAUGACCUGCCUAUCGACAUCGCUCGCAGGAUUCUUACAUAUUUAGAUAUUCGCUCUUUAUGUCGAGCUUCUGCCGUGAAUAAGAAAUGGAAGUCAAUAAUUGAGGAGUCAUCAUAUCCUUCAAACAUUUGGGAAAUGAAAAUGAUCGAGUCCGAGUAUACACCUUCUGCAAAAGAAAGAGCUACCUAUAGUUAUAAGGAGAUCGUUCGCCGUCAUACUAUCAUACGUCGCAACUGGCGUGAGAACCGAUAUAAGAAAAUGUUAUUGGAAGGCCACGAAGAGGAUCUAGUGACUUGUCUACAGUUCGAUAACGAGAAGAUAGUGACAGGAUCCGAUGAUCACAGCAUCAAUGUAUACGACAUUAACACGGGCGAGCUAAAACGUGUGUUGAAAGGUCAUGAUGGUGGCGUAUGGGCCCUACAGUACGUGGGCAAUAUGUUAGUUACAGGAUCCAUUGACAGGACAGUACGAGUUUGGGAUAUUGAAAGGGGAAUAUGCCGAUUUGUUUUAAGGGGUCACUCAAGUACAGUGCGUUGUUUGAAGAUCGUGAUGCCUAUGGAGAUUAUUCAACCUGAUGGGUCGUCCACGAUAGAACCCGAGGAACCGAUCAUUAUUAGUGGCUCAAGAGAUAUGACAAUUCGUGUGUGGAGGUUACCGAACCUUGAAACUGAACCGAUUGUGCCUUUAUCGACAAGUCUUGACGAUGACGUUAUAUCAAAACGAUUUUUGAAGUAUAAGCUGGUUGAACAUGAAAACUCAGUGAGGGAUUUAGCGAUUUAUGGUAAUAUCUUAGUGAGUGGUAGCUAUGAUAAUAACGUUAUUGUUUGGAAUUUGAGUACCGGAAAGAAAAACCACGUCCUUAAAGGGCACACUAUGAAAGUAUACUGCGUCGCUAUUGAUCGUAAGCGUAGACAUUGUGUCAGCGGAAGUUUAGAUGCUACUAUUCGUAUAUGGGAUAUUGAUUCUGGCGAAUGCAAGUUCGUGCUACAGGGUAUUAUAAAUUUCAUAUACAUGAUUCAAAUUACUUGCCCGGGCUUACCAGUUCUAUUGUCACAACAUACGUUUCUUAUCUAUAGGUCAUGCUAUUUUGGUCGGCUUGUUAGGAUUGGUAGGCGAUAGUUUAGUUAGUGCAGCUGCAGAUGCCACUUUAAGAAUAUGGGAUCCUGCUACUGGUGAUAGACUUCAUAUUUUGGCGGGAAAUCAUGGCCACCAAGGACCCAUAACAUCAUUUCAGCACGAUAG